GUUUCCCGUUGUCAUGGAAACCUCAGCAUCACCAGCCGAGCACACUCUGGAUUAUUCAUCAGAUAAAAGUACAGCCCCGUGAUGUCGGGCCGUGAGGAGCCGGCUCUGCUGCAGCUCAACCUGCGGAGGGAGACGUGGUGUCAGGUGGAGCUGAACCCCCGACAGUCCUGGGAGAGGACGGAGAGGACGCACCACCGCGGUCACCUGAGGACCAGCCCGGUGCUGCUCGCCGCUCUGACCGCAGGGCCGCAGCGCGGGGGGGGCAGCUCCGAGCGGCCGCCCCCGGUCAAGCUUCCGGAGAGAAGGCACUUUGAAGACAGCUAUAAAUCACACCUGGUGUAAAACGGCUGCAAGACCCUGAGAGCUGGGACAACAAAUACAAAUACCCAGUCUGAAGGAAACAAUUCACUGGUUAGAUUUCUUUGUGUCUGUGUUUGAAUAUCACCCACACUGUCUGUUCCCUGUAAAACUUCAGUGAGCGUCAGUUGAAAUGUCUCCACAGAUUAAACCUUCAUGAUUAUAA